ACACUCCCUUCCUGGCAUCACUCACCUGCAGACCUCGACUCUUUCCGCAGCUUCACAAACUUUUCAGGACUCACCAGACCCUCCAGACCGUCCUCUUCAAGCUUCAAGACCCAGCACCAUGGCAGGCAUCGCGGCCGCCGUGCAGCACAACCGGGACAAGGCGCAGGGCAUCGGUACCAACAGCCGGGCGGUGAAGUACCUGAACCAGGACUACGAGAGUCUGAGGCAGCGCUGCUUUGAGUCCGGCCGUCUCUUCCAGGACGAUACCUUUCCGGCCUCGGGGUCCUCCCUCGGCUUCAAUGAGCUGGGUCCCCGCUCCUACAAGGUCCGGGGGGUCACCUGGCAGAGACCCACGGUGAGUGUCCCUUUGAUACCUGGGGGUGAGGGUACAUGUACAGAGACUGUUGUUUAAAACUUUUAAAAACUUUUGAUCCACCAGGUGACUUUUCCCCCCCUGUAAAUAAACGUUUUUUUCUGCAGACCCUGAAUGCACCUUCAGUUUUAAUUUACUCUGAAAGUCAAGCUCCCUGAUUGGCUGAAACCUGAUUGAGAUGCAGCUCAAACUCUAAUAAUUUAGCUGUGGUGUUUUGAGGAGUGUUUCAGUAGAAGGGACCAUGGUCCAGAUUUGGAAAAUAUUGCCACGAAUACAGAUAAAGAGUGAAAGGUGACGAUGACCUGUUUUUGUUUGUUUUUAGUAAUGAUAUCAGCAGCAGCACAGCAACAACAAAAUAACAUCAAUAUAGAAACACAAUGUCAUUAAAAAAACACACACAAAGAAGGGAGGAGCACAGAUCUGACUGAGUAUCUCUAACAUGACCUGCUAUUGUUUUAAUAGUUUUAACUGUGUACACAACUGAACUAUGAAUAAUGAAUUAUGACAUACCAAAGGGUGUUUUCAGACUAGCCCUCUCUUAGUCCUUAGCUUUAUUUGAAUAAUCUUCACUGGCUUCCAGGCCAUGGUGGAUUUUAGGAAAUCAUUUCCUGGGACUGUUAGUUUCCUGUUAGUUUUGGUGUAAAUGCAGCUGGAUAUUUAGUUUUUCAGAAUCAGAAUCAGAAAUACUUUAAAGAUUCCCAGGGGGAAAUUGCUUUUUGUCACAGUACUUCAGUGCAAAUACAGUAAAAAGAUGAGAUAAAUAAUAGGUAAAAUAAGUAAAAACAGAGAGAUAAAUAGAUUAAAAAAGUAAAAUAAGUAAAAGUAAAGAGUUAAUAUAUAAGUAUGUACACUAUAUACAACACAAAAUAGUAACAUAGUAUGCAUAUAUGCAUGUACACAGUGCGCAGAGUCCAGGUAAAGACUACUGACUGAGGGUGUCAGAGUCUCUGAGGGAGACUUGUAUUAAUUUGAGACUGUUAAAAUGAGUGUUUUUCCCAUGAGGUUUGGUUUGUUUGAUGUUCAGCCAGUCUCGCUCCCUGCACAUCAGAAACAUGUCACUCUUCAGGCUGAUGGAGCUGCAGAUAAGAGGGAUCAGUUCAGCCUGAUUUCACCAUCAGGUGAUCAGGUGUGUGUUAGGAUCUGAUCAGCUGAUCACAGACACUUGGACAGGGACCUGCAGCGAUCAGACCAUGGACAUGGACAACUUGUCUAGCGUGUCUCUGUGAAUGUUUCCUCACUCACUGUAUUUGCUAACACCUCACCCAGCUGUAACUCACAAUGGAGGCUGUGGUGAAGUGGGUCACUCCCCCUCUCAGGUGUGUUUGAGCUGGGUGGAGCUGCUCCAUUAAUACCUGCAGUCCAUCACCCAGAGAGCCUGAACAGGUGGAGCUCAGGGGUCUGACACUUUAGAGUUCAAUUCAUGCAUUUAUGAAACAUUUAUCAGGAUAUUUAAGAUUCAAAUUCAUUUAAGAUUUAUUCAAACCGGGACACAUUUACACCACAGAGGUGACGGGGACUCGGACAGAUCAGACUGUGAAAUUCAGUGAUCGUAUAGUCUGUACAGCCUGUAGAGUUCACUACUAAUAAAGUGAAAACUAUAAAACUGAGAUCUGUUUCUAGGAUCAGCUCACAGACUGUCGAAAACGUCUCUGAAAAUGUAAAAAAAAACUGUGACAUGUUUUUGUGUGUCUUGUGCAGGAGCUGACCGAUAACCCUGAGUUCAUUGUCUCUGGAGCCUCGAGGACAGACAUCUGUCAGGGUGCUCUGGGUGAGUAUGGACACACUGUCAGCCUCUUCAGUUACAUGUUCCUAUUUUGUCUUUUUUAGUGAGGUUUAAAAAAACAUCUAUCAUCAUGGUAACCUGCUGAGUUCAGUCUGAGUGUCCCAGAGCUGUUGCUGCUCACUCCCUAUGCAGACGCUGUUCAGAUUUAUUUUACUGACCUGAACCUUGGCAGUUCAUCAGCUCCAAACGUCAUGCACCCAUAAUGGAAAAAAUCUGAUGUUCACAAACUUUUCAGACCAGGAUCCUUACAAUGAUCCUGCCAGAGACCUAAGAGUUGGACAAACUUAAGUCAGUCAAUCAAUCAAGGAGUUUUUUUGGGGGAAAAAAACACUUAAUGGCUCCUCUCCCAACCCCCACUUUUGGAACCAUUAGUAUAAAUGACACUCCUUGCAACAGUCUGCAUUAAUAUUUCAACUGUCAUCCUUGUCUCUUGAAAACCUGUCCAACAGCCGAACUCUAAAAUGUCUGUGUUCAGCUUUGUGCAAAGACAUGAGGCAGGUCAACCAGAAAGUAAAAAUAUGUCACAAUUCAGAGAAUUUUCUCUGCGGCAGCUUCCUGGUUUCUUCACCUCCACUCAGAGUGAAUCACAGAAGUUUAACAGCAGGUUUGACACUUCUUUAUAAAUCUAAUAUAUUUGAUCUGUUUCUGCACAUCUCUGGAUCUACCAGAGUGUCAUUAUUAACUGUCCAUUAUGAAAGAGUUAAAAAGCUUUAAAUUCAGCUCAUGUUUAACAUGAUAAAAGGUAAACGCCAGCGCUGGACAUCAGAAUGACUCCUGUUGGUACUAAAAUGAUUGGAGCUUUAAAACAUGAGCUACAGUCAGUGAAGAUAAAACUUAUUUCCUGCUUUAUAUUAACUUUUUAUUUAGACAAUCUUUAAGAAACUCAGUACUGCUUAUGAUCGAGAGUAAAGCAGCAGAAGUUUGCAGGAAAAACUUUAGCAGUACUUAAAAACAAUACUAUGUUAUGAUGUUUAAUUGUAUGGACACAAUGUCCUGCAGCAAAUUACUCCAACUGGAGAUCAGUUUGUUGUUCACACCCAUUAGUACAGUGUCUGUAUGAGACACAUUGAGUAAUCUUUUAUUUAUAAAGCAGGGUUAAAAACCUGAGCCCUCAGUGCAGAGCCUAGUAACACCAUCUGAAGUGUAAAGUCAGAGUUUAUUAUGUCUGCAGCUCGUCAGACCAGAUCAACCUGUUUCUGUCUUCAUUGAGUGCCGCUAACCGGAUUCAAAUAACUUUAUUACUCAUUUACAUAUACAGAGAACAAAGCGACAAAAGAAAGAGAGAACCAGACUAUCACUUACAGGCUUUAAUCCAGGCCGUAAAACCAGAGAGAGGGUUUGAUGGACAGCAGCCUGCAGCUCUGAGCUCUGUCCUCCAUUAUCAAGGUCCAGGCAUUUUGUUGAAAUCUUUUGAAGACCAGAAAAUUUGUGACAUGGGUGACAAGUCAGGACUGGAGGCAGGCCAGUUUAUUAGCUGGACUCUUUUACUACAGAGCCAUGAUGUUGUAAUCCCUGCAGAAUGUGGUUUGUCAAAGUGUUGCUGAAAUAUGAAGGUUUCCCUAAAAAAGCCUUUGUCUGAAUGACAACAUAUGUUGCUCCUAAAUCUGUAUAUAUUGUUCAGCAUUAAUGGAGCCUUCACAGACGCAGCAGCUACUCGUGAUGUGGACACUGAUGAUCCCUAUACUAUCAGGGAUGCUGGCUUUGGACUGGGAGCUGAGAACAAGCCAGAUGGUCCGUCACCUCUUUAGAAAGGAGGCUGCAGCGUCCAUGAUUUCCAAAAAAAAAAUACAUUUUUUGCCGCCGCAGUAUUUCGGUUGAAUAAAGACUGAGCUUCAGUCCUUAUCAGAGCCCUUCCUCUGAAGUCAGCUCAAUGUGACUCCAAACUGAUCUGCUGCUCUGAUGCAAAAAAAAAAAAAAUCAAAAGAAACUUAUUUGUGAGUCAAAUCAGGAUCAGUCUGCAGAGCAAACUCUCUUCAUGUCAACACAGAAGAUCAGCAGUUCAGGUCAGGGGCUGGAGGAGCUCUAAUGGCUGUCAGAUAUAAUAGGAUUAUAAUUGGUAGUUCAGUGCAGUUAGCAGUGUUAGCUUCAAAUGCUAACACCUCACUCUGUGACUGAGAGAGAGUCAGUAACACAGAAGCGUCUUCACUGACUGUGAAACACCUCACACACACCUGAGCUGGAAAAUUCCAGAGUUGGUGUGUGUGUGUGUGUGUGUGUGUGUGUGUGUGUGUGUGUGUGUGUGUGUGUGUGUGUGUGUGUGUGUGUGUGUGUGUGUGUGUGUGUGUGUGUGUGUGUGUUUGAUAGUAGAGGUGAGUUCGACACUGCUCUGUGUGUACAUAUGUCUGUGUGUGUGUGUGAAGUUACAAUCAGGUGUGACUCUUUGGCGUGUGUUGUCUUGUCAACAGUAACCGUAAACACGCUGACAGGCGGGUGGGUGGUGGCUCGCUUCAAUGUCAUCAGGAGAUCAGGAGGGAACCGCAGAGUGUUUAUGGUUCAGUAGGAGACAAGUUCUAUAGUAACCAGGGGAAACACCUCGAAUACAGCCAAUCAGAGCGCAGAGCAGCAGGUUUGAGAUCAGCUGGUUGUUAAAGAAGCUGCAGCUGUUUGAUCUCUGCUAGUCACAUCUACAUCGCCUGUACCCCACUUGUAUAUGACCUGUCCAUCAUGUGUGCUCAACCUUAACCUCACCUGUACAUCACUGGUACAUCAGCUCCUAAAAGUACAUGUUCGCGACCUAUUGUAACCUGUACGUUACCUUUACAUCACCUGUCCAUCACCUAUAAAUAUUCUGUAGAUUGCUCAUGCAUCACCUAUUUUUUCACUUGUGCAUCAUCAGUACAUCAUGUGUUCUUGGGUUUAUUAUUCUUGGAUGAUGUUAAAUGGUGUGAUGACAGCUUCCUUGAUCUCAAUGUCCAAAAAACCUAAGGAAAUAAUAACUGACUUCAGACGAACUGACCGGGGGCCUUCACUUGAGGCUAGCAUCAACCAUGGUGAAGAUGUACAGAUUGUUGACUCUUACAAGUAUCUUGGAACUAUAUUUGACUCUAGCCUUAAGUUCGUUCAGAACACAGAAGCAGUAGUUAAAAAGGUCAAAAAAGGAUUCACUUGUUGUGGAAACUGAGAUCUUUUAGUGUUUCUGAGGGCAUCCUGUCUUGUUUUUUUAUCAUUCUUUUAUUGAAAGUCUUUUAACAUUCUCUUUUAUCUGCUGGUUUCACGGAUUAUCGGUAAAGGACAGGAACAGCCUGAACUAGAUUGUAAACGUCUGCUCCAAAAUCACUGGAAUACAGUUGAUGGAUUUUAGCUCUCUCUGGGAGAAACAAGUGGUCCAGAAAGCCAAAGGAAUCAUGAACCAGCCUGGACACAUCCUUUUCUCAGACUUUUGUCUUAUGCCCUCUGGGCGCUACUAUGCCCCCCCCCCCCCCAAGUAGAACAAAUAGGUACUCCAACUCUUUUAUCCACUCAGCGAUCAGGCUGCUAAACGCUGAGAAGAAGCGGAUUGGUGGCCUGUGUUGGAUUUUGGGGUGCUGAAAUUGGGGUCUCAGGAUUUUAGUUCUUAUUUUACUCCUUUUAUCGCAUCAUUUUUUAAAUUUCAUUUUAGUCACUUCACUGUGAAUGUAUUGCACAUGUAUUUAUUAUCUAUUUAUUUAUUGAUUGCUGAUUUGUGGUGCUGACAGGGGAAUGUUUGGGCCAUAUGCUUCUGUGACUGUUUGGUAUUUGUCCGUUCCUUGAUCGUUUAACAACAAGGCGGGUUACUGUGAAGUGAAUUGCCCUUCGGGGAUUAAUAAAGUUGCCUGGAUCUAAAUCUGAAUUUACUGUUCUCUGCUGAAGUACGGGUAUUGAACAGGUGAAGUUCAGGUGAUUGAUAAAUGAUGCGCAGGCGAUAAACAGGUGAUGUAGAGAUGAUGGACAGGGGAACAGCAGUUGAUGUGCACAUCACCUGUACAUUAUCUGUGCAUCAUUUGUCCAUCCCCCGUUUAUCACCUGUACACAGGUUUAUGAACCCCGCAGGUUUUGGAGUGACAUACUCUGAUGAUGUGUUUAAGGACACUCUGACAUCUGAGCAUCUGCUGCUGAGUACAAAACAUGAACGUUAUCAUGUUCUGAAUCUCUUGAUCUUCCAAAUUUUUUUUCUAAAGUGAGAUACAAAUAGUUAACCCCGCCCACUUCCUGUUUGUUGUCUAGGUGACUGCUGGCUGCUCGCUGCCAUCGCCUCGCUCACUUUGAAUAAAGAAGUUCUGGCUCGGGUUGUUCCACAUGACCAGAGCUUCAGAGACGGAGAGUACGCCGGCAUCUUCCACUUUGAGGUACACUAAAACCAAGUACCAGUAACAGUACUAGUACCAUAAGUAGAUAAGUAGAACAAGAACCGAUGCCAGUAUCAGAACUGUUAUCUACGAAUGUACUGGGGCACACUGUACACAAAUAGCCUUUGAAUUACCUGGUUUACAAAUAUCUGUAAUGAGGUGAGUAAACAAGCAUUUAGUAAGGUAUCAAAACCAACUCAGUUUCCAGUACUAGUAACACAUAAAAAUCCUUCAGAUCUGUUUUCCGGGGGCAGCUGAUUUGAUCAACAGUGUCUUUUUUUCCUUGUGGCAGUAAAUAGUUUUAUAAAAAGGUUCACUCCACUGAGAGAUCACAGAGUAAAUAAUUCUAAAGGUUUUACUAAUGCAAUAGGUCAACAAGACACCAAGAGUGCAAAUCCUUCCAUAAAUACUAGUAAGACAAACAGCUGAUAGAUUGACAAGUUCAGUAUGUUCAUUAGGGAUCAAGUUUUUCAACAGACCCUGAAGUGGGACUGAUGAAACAGGAGUAAUAAGUUCCAAGUUUGCAGCUACAGUGGAUAUAAAAAGUCUACACACCCCUGUUCAACUGCCAGCUUUUUGUCAUGUAAAAAAAUUAAAUCGAGAUAAAUAAUUUCACAACUUCUUCCGCCUUUAAUGUGACCUAAAACCUGUACAACACAACUGAAAAACAAACUGAAACCUUUCAGGGAGGUGAAGUAAAAAUAAACAACUGUGAUCAUGUGGUUGCAUAAGUGUGCACACCCUUUAAUAACUGGGGAUGUGGCUGUGGUCAGAUUUAACCAAUAACAUUCAAACUCAAGUUAAAUUGGAGUCAGCACACACCUGUCACCAAUAAAAGUGCCUCUGAUCAACCCCAAAUAAAGUUCAGCUGUUCUAGUAGCUUUUCCUGACAUUUUUGUAGACACAUCUUCCAGCACAAGCCAUGGUCAGCAGAGAGCUUCCAAAGCAUCAGAGGGAUCUCAUUAUUCAAAAAUAUCAGUCAGGUGAGGGCCACAAAAGAAUUUCCAAGGAAUUAAAUAUACCAUGGAACACAGUAAAGACCGUCAUCAUCAAGUGGAGAAAAUAUGGCUCAACGGUGACAUUAUCAAGAACAGGACAUCCGUCCAAAAUUGAUGAUAAGACGAGAAGAAAACUGGUCAGGGAGGCUACCAAGAGGCCGACAGCAACACUGAACAAGCUGCAGGUAGUACUGGCUGUGUAGUACAUGUGACAACAAUCUCCCGCUGUCUUCAUAUGUCUGGGCCAUGGGGUAGGGUGGCAAGACAGAAGCCUUAUCUUACAAAGAAAAGCAUCAAAGCCUGGCUUAAUUUUGCAAAAAGACAUCUGAAAUCUCCCAAACGCAUGUGGGAAAAUGUGUAAUGCUCUGAUGAAACCAAAGUUGAAUUUUUUUGGAAUCAUUGCAAAAGGUAUAUUUGGCGCAAAAUCAACACUGCUCAUCACCAAAAGAACACCAUACCCACAGUGAAGCAUGGUGGUGGCAGCAUCAUGCUUUGGGGCUGUUUUUCUUUAGCUGAAACUGGUGCCUUAGUCAGGGUGGAGGGAAUUAUGAACAGUUCCAAAUACCAGUCAGUGUUGGUACAAAACCUUGGGCCUUCUGCUAGAAAGCUGAAGAUGAAGAGGAACUUCAUCUUUCUGCACAACAAUGACCCAAAACACACAUCUAAAUCAACAAAAGAAUGGCUUCACCGGAAUAAGAUUGAGACUCUGGAAUGGCCCAGCCAGAGUCCAGACCUGAAUCCCAUCGAACAUUUGUGGGGUGAUCUGAAGAGGGCUGUGCAUAGGAGAUGCCCUCGCAAUCUGUCGGAUUUGGAGUAGUUUUUCAAAGAAGAGUGGGCAAAUAUUUCCACAUCAAGAUGUGCCACGCUGAUAGACUCCUACCCAAAGAUACUGAGAGCUGUAAUAAAAGCCAAAGGUGCUGCAACAAAGUAUCACUUAAAGGGUGUGCAUAUUUAUGCAAACAGGUUAUUUUAACUUUUCUGUUUUUUAUUUUUCACCUUAAAGGUUUCAGUUUGUUUUUCAAUUGCAAUGUACAGGUUAUAGGUCACAUUAAAGGUGGAAAAAGUUGUGAAAAUAUUUAUCCUUCUGUCAUUUUCUUACAUCACUAAAACCUGGCAGUUGAACAGGGCUGUGUAGCCUUUUUAUAUCCACUGUAGUUACCUUUCUGUCUGUCUUUGUCUGUAGUUCUGGCAGUUCGGUGAGUGGGUGGACGUGGUGAUCGAUGACCGUCUGCCUGCUAAAGAUGGAGAGCUGCUGUUCGUACACUCGGCGGAGGGGAGGGAGUUCUGGAGCGCCCUGCUGGAGAAAGCCUAUGCCAAGUAGGUGCUGCCGACUGAGUCUGGACACCGGACUUCAACUACUCUGAGGACUCUGAUUAGACGUUGAUGUAAUUUUUAGAUAAUGUGGAUGUUAUCUAAUAAAAAUUGAAAUACAAAACAUCAUCAGACAGCUCUGUCAUGGUCCCAGUAUGACCUCCCAGAAUUACCAGUGACCCUGUCUCUGCAGCCUGAGAUCAGCUGUGUUAGGCUGACUAACAGGAGAGAUAAGUUCAGGUGUUUGUCCCAACAUGUUGUCCUGCAUUCUCCACAUUAUUUAUACGAGAAGCCCUGCCCACCUACCUGCACAUUCAAAUAACAUGCAGAGAUCUAAAGAUUUCUUGCACAGGUGAUCUUAGUCAAAUCUGGGGUUCUUCCUCAGCAGUUAUUAGGUGUGCUGUUUCCAUGACAACAGUGUUGAUUUACCAUGUGUCUGCAGGUUGAACGGGAGUUAUGAAGCUCUUUCUGGAGGAUCCACUACUGAGGGUUUUGAGGAUUUCACAGGAGGGAUUGCUGAAGCCCACGAUCUAAAGAAUCCAGAUCCUCACCUGUUCCACAUCAUCAAGAAAGCCCAAGGCAGAGGCUCCCUGAUGGGCUGCUCCAUAGAUGUAAGCUUUCUGAGACCACAAGGGGCAGAACAGACUGUUCUAGGCUCAGACUGACUAGAUCGUGGGAUGAAAUGGGGCCCCUUAAGUUCUUAGAAAGUUUUGGACGUAUUUAUAUGAAAUAUUCAUCUUUCUUUGUUGUUUUGACAGAUCACAAGCUCAGCAGACUCAGAGGCAGUGACCCAUCAGAAGUUGGUUAAGGGUCAUGCCUACUCUGUGACAGGAGCAGCUGAGGUGAGAGGACACACCCAGACAGACCUCUACCCCUCUUUAAAAAAAAUGAAAAAAUUUGAGCUGUACUGACCGAGCAGACCCCUUCCCCUUGUUUCCCCUCUGCGAGUGAACGUUGGAACAUGAAAGGGAUACAGGUCAUCCAAUCAGGUGAGACUCAUUGGUUUGCUUUGCUUGUGAUUGGCUUCAGGUGGAGUACCGGGGAGGCAUGGAGAAGCUGAUCCGGAUCAGGAACCCUUGGGGUCAGGUGGAGUGGACCGGAGCCUGGAGUGAUGAGUAGGUAACCCCAUCAGCUCAGGUGAACACAGGUAGAGAGAGAGAGAGAGAGGAGGCUGCAGGUGUUUUUGAAAAGGACUCAUGUGAGGGUUACACAGUCUAUACCAUGCUGCAAGCCUUAGGGACAAACUGGUGUCUCCUGUGGUAACAUAAGAGGCUGGGUUACCUGAGCAGGUGUUAUGUUCACACUGUCAGCUACUGUUAGGUGGUUUUGACACCUGGCCCCUCCCUGCUGUAGGCCUUAGAAGGGUGGAGUCAGAGAGGGUCGAUCCUCUAAAGCUCUGCAGGGACAAACUAUAAUUAACAGACAGAUGAAUGUCAGCACUGCUGCCCCCUGCUGGUAACUGAGUGCACUACAUAUUUACCUCUGUGUUUUUUUAGUCACUGAGAUACUCUGAAGCCCCGCCCAUUAGAUUUAGCCCAACAAAUACAAAUAUUGAAUUUCUAGUUCCUUCAUGCCUUUACUGAGCUGUGCUGAAAGUUUUCCCUCAGAUAUUUUUGUUGAGAGGAGAACAUUUUUUGCAGAUAAAGACUAAAAAAGGACCUGCAGGGAGCAUCAAAACUCUCAAAAUGUGCCUUGAACUCCUCUACCUGUUGACUAACCUGCAGCUGCUCACUCUCUUUGCAGUUCCAUGCAGUGGCGUUACGUCAGUGAUGAGGACCGAGAGCGUCUGAGUCACCGCUCAGAGGACGGAGAGUUCUGGUAAACUUCACUUCCUCUUCAUCCCCUCAUGUCUCCAUCAUCUGGUCUAGUGUGGUCAGUAAACCCUCUGCUCUGUCUUGCAGGAUGUCCUUCUCUGACUUCCUGCGUCAUUACUCGCGGCUGGAGAUCUGUAACCUGACACCCGACGCCCUGUCUGACGAGUCCAUCUCCAAGUGGGCUCUGUCCAAGUUUGACGGCACCUGGAGACGAGGAUCCACAGCAGGGGGCUGCAGGAACUACCCCAGUAAGUUCUCCAGACUGGUCAGGAAGAGAGCGGCAGGGGCGGGACCUCCUCUGAUUUAGAUUAAGUUUGUAACCUUGUGUUUUCUCUUGCCAGACACCUUCUGGACCAAUCCUCAGUUUAAGAUCAAGCUUGAGGAGGAGGACGAUGACCCAGAUGAUGGGGAGUCUGGCUGCAGCUUAGUGGUCGGUCUGAUCCAGAAGAACCGCAGACGCAUGAGGAAAAUGGGCGAGGACAUGCACACGGUGGGAUUCGCCAUCUAUGAGGUGAGGACAAGACGUGAGGAUUUUGUUUCCCCCCUCAGACAAAACCUCAGAGUCUGGACUGCUCUGGACUCUGAAACUCAGCAGCAGAAGGAUCAGAAACUGUUUUGAAAGCUCUGAUGGCGAACCCUGCUGGCUUUUGGGUAUUCUCAGAGCCUGACAGCGUCACAGAAAGAAUCCUGGCUUUACAGAGGGUUUUUAUCAGACAGUAACAGCUGAUUCGUCACUCUCUGCAGUCACAGCAGAGAAGAGUUUAACCCCUCAGAGCACAAGAAGAUGAAAAUAAGCCUGAAAUGAUCCUUUAAAUGUCCUCUCUAAAUUCUCUUUUUCUUAUUGUGUUUCAGGUUCCUGAUGAGGUACGAGGAGGACCAGGCUGACUCCAUACUGUGACGUUAAUCAUUUCAUUCAUUUUAUAUGUUUGAUUCAGUCAGACCUCACCUUUGCUGUCUCUACCUGUCCCUGUUAGUACUGCGGUCAGAGGAACGUCCACCUGAACAGGAACUUCUUUCUGCGUCAUGCCUCCAAAGCUCGCUCCGAGACCUUUAUUAACCUGAGAGAGGUCAGCAGCCGUUUCUGUCUGCCGCCUGGAGAGUACCUGAUCCUUCCUUCCACCUUUGAACCGAACAAGAACGGAGACUUCUGUGUGAGGGUCUUCUCAGAGAAACAAGCCGACUUCCAGUGAGUCUGGGGUUAAAACACCUCUUAGAUAAUAAGUGGAAGGGUUAGACUUGGUUAGGUAGUCAGUCAUUCCCUCUCAGGAGGUCUGACGGUCUGAUCCGAACCUUUAAACUGGACAUGUGCUUCCUGACACAUUUGGCAUUUUCUUACAGAGAGCUGGACGACCCCAUCGAGUCCAAAGUGGAGAAGGUAAGAGGACAACAUGAAGCUGAUGUUGCUGACAAACACCAAUUAUAAAUAUAACAUUUUUAUUGUUCAUCGUCAUGUCUGUGAGCUAACGUGGAGGGGUGACUUUGUGUUUCAGAUUGAGAUCGAGGAGGAUGAUGUGGACGAUCGCUUCAGAGGGCUGUUCUCUCAGCUGGCAGGAGGAGUGAGCGAUUUUUUACAGUCAUACACUACAUUUCAUUUCAUAUCUGUAUCAUACAUCUUAUAUCAUUCUCUUUAAUGCCCAGUAGGAGGUGACCUCAGCAGUCUGAUUGUGAAGCAGUAUGAGAAAAUGUUCCUCUUUCUCAGCUGAUGAGUUUAUGGUCUCAGUUUCUAGUUUACAGUCUUCUGCAAUACAGCAUGGUUUUCAUUUGGGAAAUGGUGCUUUAUUUACAGUCACACUGACCUGAAAGCAGGAGAGGAGUUAGACAGGGGAUACCUGAGACUGCUGAAUCAGUCACUGCUGAAUUUAAAAACUAUUAUCAAACCAAAAGACCAUUUUAGGAGUCUGCUGUUCUCAGUUAAUGGAGGUAAAAAGCCUGUUAUCAGCUCAUCAAAAAGUGUAAUCUGAUUUUCAGAUGGUCAAUUAUUUUGCUAAAAUGAGUCAUAUUUGGUUGUAUAACUAGCUACAUAUGUGGUAGCAUGGGGCAAAGAGAGAACACUCCCCUUCCAGUUCAAGCUCAUUGAAACCAAGUCAGGAAAAGCAGUAGCAGCAGAGCUCUCAGGACUCUUUAGGUAAAUUCCCUACCCUCGAUGUGCACAUGCAUAACACUAAAGCCUGAGGCAGGGAGAGCACACGUCCACUGGUCCAUGAGCAUUCUUAAAACCAAGGCAGGGAGAGCAACAGCAAAUAUCCCCCAACUCUCUUCAGAGACCUCUCUGCACAUGCACGUGCAGAUGUUGAAGGCCUAAGUCUGAGGCAAGGAGAGCACACCUUCCCCAUCUCUCAUUUGCAUUCAUGAAAAGCAAAGGCAGGGAGAGCAGCAACAAAGACCCCAGGGUACAGAACAGAGAAGCACCAGAGACAAUCCAUAUGACACUGGUAAAUUUAGACUUAGCAUCAAAAGGAGGAGCUGGGGAGGAGGGGUGUUGAAAAGUGGUUUGUAAAGGAAGCAGGAAGAAGAGGAAAGCUGAAGAUAUUUGAAGAGACCAAACAUUUUAAUAAUAGAUUUGAUUUGGAGAAGGUUAUCAGCUGAGCUGUCACCCCCUUCCUUGUCAUUAGUGAUAUAAACUUUGUCUUUGCAGGACAGUGAGAUCUCUGCCUUUGAGCUGAAAAGGAUCCUCAACAAAGUGGUGACCAAACGUAAGAGUCACAUAACACUAACUUCUGUUUGAGCUCAUUUUAUCACUCAGGAACAUCUGAGAGACUCAGCCUCUCUGACUGUUCUUUUCAUCUGACUGGCUCUAAACUGACUCUGUGUCUCUGUCAGGAUCUGACAUCAAGACCAGUGGCUUCAGCCUCACAACCUGUCGCAACAUGGUCAACCUGCUGGAUGUAUCCUUCCACCACAGAUAAUAACACCUUCGAGACAAGGGUGGUCAGCGCAGAGAGGUAGAUCAGUUUGUUUCUAUUGAUGUUUCAGAGACAAACUGAUAAAUAAAAACACCUCCAACAAUCAGAGACUAAGGGAUUUGUUAUUAGACAGACAACCAAAGCACUCAACAAACACCAACUCAGACUGUAUGAAGACACCACGCCACAGUAGAAGCUCAAAUUAACAACACAACAAAAACUGGGGUUCUUACAUGCCCAAGGCCAGGUGUGCCUUACUGCCAAUGAGGGCAUAGAAGAGAUGGAACCAGCAUGGCAGGGAAAACACCUCAGUUUUCAACUGUGUAACACUGGAGAGCUGAUCAGUGUCAGUAACAACAGGUACAGGGGUCUGUGGACUCUCAGUGUGUCUGACCAGUCUGUGUAAGGUUUUACAAUGUUAGCAUGUACGCAUGUUGUUGGAAAUCCAGUCCUGAACCCCACCACAGAAAGAUGGCAGCGGUAAACUGGGUCUGGUGGAGUUCAAGGUGCUGUGGACCAAGAUCGAUAAGUACCUGGUGAGUCCGAGAUCCAGAUCAAACCCUGAUUCUGAGUCCAGCACUGAUUGGUCCUUCAGGACCUCUAUAGACAUAAACUGAAGGAGAGAGCGGGGUCUGCAUGUUGAUGUUUUAUCUCUGUGAUACAGAAUAUUUACCGGGAGAAGGACGUGGAUAAUACAGGGACAAUGAGUUCCGUGGAGAUGAGGUGUGCUCUGGAAGAGGCUGGUAUGACAAAAAAAAACAACAUUAAAUUGAGUUUAUUAUCUAAGUUUGUGGGUUAUUUAAGUUUACAGUGUGGUUUCUAACAUGAGAUUGUCUGUGUGUGUGUGUUUUAGGGUUCAGUCUGAAUAAUGCUCUCCACCAGGUGCUGGUCGCACGGUACAGUGAACCUGAUCUCACCGUGGACUUUGAUAACUUUGUGGGCUGUUUGAUUCGUCUGGAGACCAUGUUCGGUGAGUCCACAUGGUCCUUACUCUGAGGAAGAGGAUGAUAAUGAUGAAGGUGUGGUAAUAUAACUGUUCUCUCUCCACAGACACGUUUAACACGAUGGAAAAGGAUCAGUCAGGAAGAGUUAAGCUCAACUUCUUAGAGGUAAAAACAUUAAGACACAAACAUAAAGAGUCUGAAUAAUCUGUCAGUUGUUUAAAUGUGUUCAGGGGGUCAGACUGUGAGAUAUAGGUGUGCUGGAGAAAUCUAGGAUGAGAGUGCAGCUUGCUCUGAGGACACCAAUAAUACCAACCACAGCAGUAAGAGUAUAUCACCUUAUAAGGACAGGAUAUCUUUGACAUUAACCAAUAAGAAGUGUCCUGCUCUCUUCUUUGUUUCUGGGUUUUAUUGUGCCCCUUUCUAAACCUUUUCAGUCAGAUUCAAGUCCAAAACACACAAAUAAAUCUAAUUUUGUGAUUUAGCUUUUAAAACAAAAAAACAGCUUUGGUGAUUGAAAUCUUUGAAGUGUGGCAACAGUGGAGGGGUGCUCUGGAAUGCCAGGUCUUGGUGUGCUUGAUUCUAGAACCUGACAUGAAGCUCUUUUCUCCUGCAGUGGCUGAACUUUUCUCUGCUCUGAGGAGGCAACACCACCAGAUCUUGGUCCUGGUCUAGAUUCUGGUCCUGGCUGUGGAGACUUGGACUUGUAGGGAUUUAUUUGUUGUGAUGGAUGGAGUUAAGUUUGUGUGUUUUUAUCAGUAAAGUGUCUGAAAUGGUUAAACGGGUUUUUGUUUAAAGUGCUAAAUAAAGUUCUCUUCUUCAAUAAAGAUAAUUAAUCGAUCAACAAUAAGUGUGAAGGUUCAUUGCUUCAUUUAUUUAAACAAAUAAUUACAUUUAUAAAAUCUCUGCAGUUUAAAUAAGAAACUUUCACCUUUGACUCUCCUCCAAUGAGAGGAGCUGUGGGCGGGGCUUACGUCCCCCUGAAAUAGGUGUUUUAUGUUUUUUACAUAGUUUAUAGCCAGAGUCUGCUUGCUCAGUAUUAACACCUCGAUGAAGCUCACAAACAGCCUCAUCACAAAGCCUCUGAUUGGCCGCCAACUGCAAAGUAGAGCCCCGCCCACUAAAAAUUGGUCACCCAAACUUCAGCGUCCAAAGUUCACAUGUCCCGCCCCCAAACUUUUGUCUGACAGUUCCUCAGGGUGCAGAUGCCUUGGCACCGAGCAAGGGCGCUGUGACGUCACAAUGAUGUCACUCAUGACAUUAUCAUUGAACUGCCUGGCGAGCAAAUUGCUCCGCCCACCUCAGAGCCUCAGUGAUGUCACUGCUGCUCCCAGUUCCCUUAGCGACUAGUGCAGAGCCUCCAGCACUCCCCCCUAGAUGAUGACACACCGCCACUGCCCAAUCGGAGGCCGGGAGAAAGGAGGAGUCCUGCAGAGAGAGAGCACAGCCAUCAGAACCGUCAAACAUGGCGCCCUCCUCUG